AUGGCGUACCAGAGCAGCGUGCGAAACUUCGUACCCGUGGCGGGGCCCGCCUACGGCGGCGACGGCUGCACUCAAGAAGCCCCCCAGGAGGAGGGGGGCACCGCAAACAGCGCGAACUGCGCCAAAGACGAGGAGCAGGGAGCGGAGCAAGGAGACUUGGGCGACGAAGAGCCCGACGACGCUCCCCCGCUCAAGCGCGGCAUUGUGUCCUCGCAGGGGACGUCCGUGUCCGGCGGAUCGAGGUACUCCAGCAGCGGCUGUUACUCGCGACUGAGAGGGGAGGAGGGGGCGGGAGGCCCAGCGUGGAACCCGAACAUGCAGCUGAGCCUCGAUGACUUCGACCAGGACUCGGUCAGCUACCUUGCAGAGGGCGCGAUGUGCCAGUGCUUCCUGGCCCGCAAGAUUCCCGCCAGCAUGAACGUCCCCGGGGGUGCGGGCGACGUGCCCUCGACGGACAGCAGCAGUAGCUGCAGCAGGUUCAGCCCUGCCUUCGAGAGCGCCAGGGAGCACGGCGUGAUCAUCAAGACCCCCAGCGAGGGCCCCAACCAGCAGAUGUCCGAGAACGACCUGGUUGUCGAGUCCCUCGUGCUGCGGGAGCUCCACCACCCCAACAUCGUCGGCAUCCUGGGAGGUGGGACCACCCACACGGGGGCGAGCUUCAUCGUACUCGAGUACCUGUCGAUGGGCACUCUGCGAGGCCGCCUGGACAAGUGCGGCGGUGGUCUCGGAGUAGGGCCGGCCGUCAAGUACGGCCUGCAGCUGGCGUCGGCACUGUCGUACAUGCAUGACGGCGGCCUGCCGGGCAUCAUCCUCAUGCACCGGGACCUGAAGCCCGACAACAUCGGCUUCGCCGCGGACGGCCAGGCCAAGCUCAUGGACUUCGGGCUCGCGAAGAUCAUCCACCGCACGCAGCGGUGUGGAUCCGUCAAGUACACCAUGACCGGGGAGACAGCAUUUUCUUUCAUUUUCAGAAAGGUGUACCUCGUGUUGGGGAUAGUUGGGGUGUGA